UGUUUUUCCCAAUAGAAACUGCAGCCACCGAAACAGUCCGGACUCCGGAGCUUCAACUUCGUCUUCUAAAUUUUACCACCAAGGAAUUUGCUUCAGCACUAACCAGGUGCCAAUCUUUCUUUAUCACUCCCAACUCGUCGGAAGCCCCACGAGGAUGGCUCAACCUUCAAUCCAUGAAGGCCAAAGCCUCCCAGUGAUUCAACAGCAGAGAGUUAUAAUACGGAACAAAUAUGGUGAAAAACUUGUUGGAGUGUUACAUGAAACUGGUUCCGCGGAGCUUGUAAUCUUGUGCCAUGGAUAUCGAUGCUCAAAGGAAAACAAAACUUUCAAGAAUCUUGCUGCUGCUUUAGAGGAAGAAGGAAUCAGUGUCUUCCGCUUUGACUUUGCAGGGAAUGGGGAAAGCGAAGGCUCAUUUCAGUAUGGUAACUAUCGCAGAGAGGCUGAGGACUUGCAUGCUGUAGUCCUACAUUUUUCUGAGGCUAAACGUCUAAUCAGCGCAAUUCUCGGCCAUAGUAAAGGAGGAAAUGUCGUACUUCUAUAUGCUUCUACCUACUCUGAUGUUCAUACAGUUAUCAAUGCUUCUGGGCGGUUCAAUCUGGAGAGAGGUAAUGAGAGUCACUUGGGUACAGAUUUCUUGCAAAGAAUCAGGAUAGACGGAAUCAUCGAUGUUAAGGAUGAUACAGUUACAAGCUUCAUAAGGACCCAGUUCUCCCUCGUCUAUUCGACCAAUUGGAUAUUUUCACCGGUAGUAGCAAUGCAGCCACUACGGCAGAUCAAUGGUCCAUCCCUCUCUGGAUCGAUCCUCUUCUCGGAUUUCUUCAAGAUCCUCAAACUGGGUAUCAUCAAUUUCUUGAGGGCCAAUGCUGCGUCAUGAUUCAGAUUUCAGAUGUCCGUUGGACGAUUUAUCUAGAAUGGGAGGACGAUGAGAAGAACCCACAAAACCUUGUUAGAGAUUGCAGGAUCCGGCGGUUCUAUCACAUUUGCACCUCAACUGUUUGCUUACUUGAGAACACGGCUUUGGCUUCAGGAGAUUCAUUCACACCUGGAAGAAGGCAGAGAACAGGGAUUCAGUAAAGGUUCACACAAGAGAGCGAGAGAUAGAGACGCGUGGGGGUAGAGAGAGAUUUUCAUUUGAAAAAUCAAAAAUUGAUUAAAUUUUCCUAGUUACCCUUAGUUUUGAAUCAAUUACAGCACAUGCUUAUUAAAAAGCAACGAUAAAUCAAAAUAAAUGAUUUGUGGCCA